CAACACGAAAUCCCUCACUUCCUGAAACUACAGGCGAAACCUCGGACGAAUUCACAUACGAUGUCCAAAAAAAGUUUCGCAGUUUGUGCUCUUCUCGCGCUCAUCGUCGCUUGCCAGCAUUCCUUUCGGGUCACUGGAUUUACUAUUCCUCGUCAAGUUCCAGUCCGGUUUCGUACAGCUUCGGCUCCAUUCAGAUCUAGAGCAGAUGCAUUCGAUCGUUCCAUUCCUCAAUCGGCAUCCCUUGCGACGGAAGGUAUAACGAGCUCGUCCCUCGGCCAAGUUGUCCUGCAAAAGAUGGAGUCGUCUCGGGACAAGGCUCUUGAAUUCGCCGACAUGUUUGCAUUGACUCCGGCAGAAGCUGCCUUUUAUAGCCUCUUUGCCGCUAUUCGCGAAGCUGUUCCACUCGGUCUUAAAGGACAACCGUUUGUUUUGCGACACGCAGAAAUUGAAAAGGCCAUGCACCAAGAAUCCCAAUGGCCUGGAUUCUUUACCAUGAAGGAUUUGGAAAAGGCCCUCAGCGAUGACUUUCUAGAUGCAGCGCGAGGCUCAACCGAUAAUCGCAAAGGAUGGCAGAUCACGGAUGUUUCGGUUCCACGGGGGCAAUCGUUCGAAGAAGCUCGCAUGACUUUUCAGGACGUGCAAGCGGCAUUGGAAAAAGGGACCGUCAUCUUCAACGCUGCCGGGGCGCACAUCCCCAAAUUAGCGGGUCCAUCGUUGGCCUGUACAGAAUCCACUCUCCUGCCAUGCGCUCUGAACUUGUACGUGACGGAUGCGGGCAAGCGCACAAGUGCUCCGCCGCAUACGGACAAACAGGAUGUAGCGGUGGUUCAAACCUCAGGGCGCAAGCACUGGAAAGUAUAUUCUCCGCCUAAUCCGGCCAUGAAACCAACCGUUGAUAUCUUUGCCCGUGGGAAGGGCGAUGACAGUUUGCCUCUAUACAUACUGGAAUCCGAUUUGGGCUGUCAAUUGCUGUUGGAGACAACGCUAAACCCGGGCGAUGUAAUGUUUGUCCCAGCGGCCUUCCCGCAUACAACGAGCACCGUGACUGAGGACGAUAGCACACACGCCGAUAAGACAAGUAUUCAUUUGACACUGGGCAUUGACCAUCACAUUUGGGAGUUAGAUUAUUUGUGUUGCCGUCGCUUGGCUCUCCGGCGGGCCAAUGUGAAAGAUACUGCGCUCGGCCAAACAGGUGAAGAAGAUAGUCCGUAUAUAGGGGCCGCCAACGAAGUUACAGCGCCGUUAAUCAACGAUCUGUUUGCAGAGUUGCCGCUAGGUUUGCUUGGUGGUGUCGACUACGCGGCUCCUGUUAUAGAACACGUUGCCGCCGAAUUGGAACGUAUCAGCCGCGAAGUGGACGAAACAACUGCGUCCGCUGUUGGUGCCUCCGUAUGGCGCGAAGCAGUGGAAAGGCUUCGAACUCAAGGGAUGGAAUUGUUGGACAUUCAUCGCGACAUGUAUCUAGCUGCCCUAGAGGAGGGUCAAAUUCGAGACGAGGAAGCCGCUAUGACAGCACACUUGGGCCAAGCGGUCCGUCGCGCGAUGACUCCGGAACGCAUGCAGCGGCUUAGUCUUUUCCGCGUGAAACGAUAUUUUGAUCAAAUUGACGCGAGCAAGAAAGCUCUUCAGCAGUGGUCUUAUGCUCGCGUCGAGCCAGAGGGCGAGGGGGAUUUGGCCGAUAACUGGGCUUUGACCAUGCCUGUAAAAGUUGGGGACCAGGUAGAAGCCGAUCUUGGAGGGGCUUUUUUCCCAGCUACAGUCAGUCGAGCUUCGGGAGGCACCUUUGACGUAAAUUUUUUUGACGGUGAUCGAGAAACAGGCUUGGAACGAAACCAAAUCAAGCUACUGGCUCCUCCAGCACCACAAGGUGAUAUAAACACCUCCAACAUGACACCGAAACAAUUGAAACGAUGGAAAAAGCAACAAGAGAAAACGAAGUAAAGCACCAGCUAAAGACUUAAAAAUAGGAAGAAUGUAACAUGUCUCAGGCUCUUGGGUUUGCACCCAAUUGCAAGACGCUCAAAA